GUGAUAUUGACUGCAGGCAUUAAGGAAGUCAAUUAUCGAUACCUGUGUGUGCUGCAUUUUUUGUUUUGUAUAUUUUUUUUCGUGAAAAAAAUAAAACUAAACACCAUUUGAUGAGAUGUGGCGUCUCUAUUAAUACACGACUGUUUACAUGUUCACGUAAUAGCAAAAGUAACAACAACAACAACAAUUGCAGCAACAUAAACGAAACCUAGCAAGAGCAUAAACACCACAAACUCCCAACUAAUAAUUGCAAUUUGCAACAGCAACUGAAGCAGUAGCACAAGUUUAUUAUAAAGCAGCUACAGCAACAACAACAAAAGACCAAUAACCGCAGUCAGCUCUAGAAAAUGUUUAAACGCUUAAAAUUUAACAUAAACAACAACUAAAAACGUAAUAAUUGUAAUAAUAAUAAAAACAUCAACAACUAGUGUAAUUUUUAUAUAAAGCUCAUCCCGUGAUCACGGGAGUGUUGUUUCUUUACUAUAGUAUAUAUAUGUGUGUGUGUAUGUGUGAAUGCAGUUCCUUAAACAAGAUACAAAACAAAAAAUAUUGUUGCACACAUUAGCAGCAGCAACAAUAUUAUAGCGAAAAAAAACCCCAGCAACUAAUAUUGCCACUGCAACAACUAAUCCAAGAGCAAAGCCAACAGAGGCACGAGAUAUCCGUGGCAGGUACACAUAAUAAACUGAUCUUUGCUGAAACAGUGCAACAACAACUACAACAAUAAUAACAAAUAAACUGUUGCACAGGAAAACAACAUUUAUCGAUUAAAAUCAAACAGCUAUAAGCAAGCGAACAAACAAACCAACCAAACAAAUAGUUCAAUGAACGGAACUCUUUUGAAUAUAAACGACAGCUAAAUAAUCUACAUUCAAAACGAAAAACUUACAACAACCAACAUCACCACCACCACACCACCUUCACUUCUUUUUACUCUUUUUCGUAUUUACCUCUUUCAAUUUCAAACCUCUCGACCAACACUUGCUAAAAUUGCUUUAAAAAUCCUGUGACUCCUAUAAUCACAAAUCAUCCAGCUAAGUAAAACAAUAACAACAACAACAAGUAAUUCCUUAAAGCUCCAUGUAAAAUGCAAGCAACCAAACAAUGCAGUCUUUGGUCUCUCAUAACAGGUCUCAGCAGUCUGCUGGUCUUAACACAGGCCCAGCUCAGCGAUAAUAAUGCUUUGUACCUACACACGCACACACCUGCUUUGGCUAGCACGUUACAGCAUGCAGCCACGCCUACUACACCUCUACAGCAAUCAUCUACACAGCCCUAUGGCAGUUCGGUGAAUCAACCACCCUGGUUGGAACAGGCUGCUACAAGUGCGAGAGUAGGACAGUCGAAUUCGGCACGUAAUUUAUAUGCUCCUUACCAAAGUUUUUCCAAAACAGAUGUGGCCAAUUUUCCCAAUUUACUAAUACGUCCCGAUGGUUCAGCCGUUCAAACUUUUGGCUCUUAUCGUGAGGGUAGAUCCUUAGUACCAAAUCGUUCAGUUCCUGUGCAGGCUAAUAGGCGUGCCGACUCGGCCGAAGUAGAGAUAAUAGCAGCUCCUGCUGUUGAAUUACCCGCCUCACCCCUUAUUACCGUGCCCAAGCAAGUAGUACCCUCGCAGGCCGUUAAUAUCAGUCGGGUGGGUCGUAAACGUAAUUAUAUGUAUAUUCCUCUGCAACAGGAUAGCGCUAAUAAUUAUCUUUUGCAAUUGAAACCCAAACAUAAUGGCUCCUUAAGUGGCCUAAAGCCUCCCGGCAGCGAAGUGGCACCUGUUUUACCCGAAAUUGCCGAAGAUGUGGCUAACUAUUCCGAUAAAACUGAACGCAGUGAUACAGCAGCACCUAGUCCUCUAACAUCCACUGAUCGUUAUGAUCAUGGUGAGGAGAAUAGCAGUCGGCGUGUGGGUUUUUCUUUUCCCAGUUACAGUUUAAGUCCCUCAAAUCCCUUCCAGCCCCAAGCCUAUCGUGAAGACAAUCCCAUAUUUACUGAAUCCACUGGUUUUGAAAGACCUUUCAGUGAUGAUGAUAAAGAUAAACGUCUAACACGUCAAUUGGUGUUUGAACAAGAUGCCUCACCCACUUCCUAUUCAUAUGACUUUUCCAGUUUAGGCGGCUCUAGCUCUAUACCUCAUACUCUUAAUUCAGCCAUAGCCCAGGGUAAACAAUACCGUGAUGAGGUUACCAAAUUUGGCGAUAUUAAUGGACCCAUUACCGCCAUACCGCAAAGACCACAAAGAGGCCUGUACUUUGGUGACACUGAAUUUAGAACGGGCACUUUGUCUCGUCCUUAUACCCAGCAGCAGAAAAAUUUCAAUGAAUAUAUAGGUCCCGUAGAUCCUACUAGUUCCCGCAAAAGUCGCUACUUCCCCUACAAAUCCUCCAGAAGUCCCAGAGUGGUAUUCCCCGUCAAUGAUAAUGUAGGAGCCACUGGACCCAGCAGCACUGGCACUGGAGUCUAUUUCAACGAUAAUGUUGUAUUUCGCGAUCAAAACUUUGGCAUUAAUGAAUUGGCUGCUGUUCAAGAUGUUCGCAAUGAAUUCAGUUUACAGGAUUUAGAUAGUUCAUCGGAUAGUAGCACUCCAACGGUAGCACAAUCGGCCAGUACUUUUAAGGAGAAAGCUGACAUCACAAGCGAACUGGAAUGCCAGCAUCGCGGUGGCACUUGUGAAUUUUUUGUAGGCUGCUGGAUGACUGGCGGUCUUCUGCAGGGUACUUGUAAUGGAUUGUUGCGUGGCUGCUGUCAUCGGACAGCUAAAUCGGCCAAUUUGCGUACCUCUGACUAUGUGGGCCAUACAAUCGAUUUGACUGAUCUUCCGCAAAAGAACUAUGGACCGGUGAAAAAUGAUCACAGUUGCGGCAUAUCACUGGCUAAACAAACGGCUCAGAGGCGUAUAGUGGGAGGAGAUGAUGCUGGCUUUGGUUCUUUCCCCUGGCAGGCUUAUAUACGUAUUGGUUCCUCCAGAUGUGGCGGCUCUUUGAUUUCACGACGUCAUGUAGUCACUGCUGGCCAUUGUGUAGCCAGAGCCACCCCUAGACAGGUACAUGUUACUUUGGGUGAUUAUGUUAUCAAUUCAGCGGUAGAACCAUUGCCAGCCUAUACAUUUGGUGUUAGACGUAUUGAUGUUCAUCCCUAUUUCAAAUUUACUCCUCAAGCAGAUCGUUUUGAUGUGUCGGUAUUGACCUUGGAAAGAACGGUACAUUUUAUGCCUCAUAUAGCUCCCAUUUGUUUGCCCGAAAAGAAUGAAGAUUUCUUGGGUAAAUUUGGUUGGGCUGCGGGUUGGGGUGCUCUAAAUCCUGGAUCUAGAUUACGACCCAAGACCUUACAGGCUGUAGAUGUUCCAGUUAUUGAAAAUAGAAUCUGUGAAAGAUGGCAUAGGCAGAAUGGCAUAAAUGUGGUUAUAUAUCCUGAAAUGAUGUGUGCCGGUUAUCGUAAUGGUGGUAAGGAUUCCUGUCAGGGAGAUUCUGGUGGUCCCUUAAUGCAUGAAAAGAAUGGACGUUGGUAUUUAAUAGGUGUUGUCUCAGCUGGUUACUCGUGUGCCUCACGUGGUCAACCUGGUAUUUAUCAUCGUGUGCCCUACACAGUCGAUUGGAUAUCUCAUGUUGUAGGCUUGACGGGUACUAUUUGAUUUUACAAACCCCAGGAUUACUGACUCAAAAUCAUCUUCAUCUUACUAAGCUGCUACUUACACACACACACAGACUCACUCACUCCUAAGUGCAGCUCCAAUUCAAAAUAAUCUUUUGUAAAUAGUGUUAAUUUCUUGGAGAAUGUUGUCGUCUAUUUUAUUUCUUCUACUUUUCUAUAAUCGAGUGAAAAGUAUAAUUUAAGUUUCUUUCUUUGACACUCUCCUAUUUUUUUAGAAUUCCUCACUAUCUCCACUCUCAUUAAUUGUA